UCCAGCGGAUCGGGAUCGCGGCCGGCGAGAGGGAGUCGACAGGUGAUUUUCCCGCGGAUCUCGGCUUUCACGGAGGAGGCGUGAGAAAUUUCGUUAGAUCGAAUAGAAUUUGGAUCGAACGCUGAGUGAAUCCGGUGGGAAAUAGUGUUGCGAGAGAAGACGGACGGGCAGUGGCCGGAUGUCAAUGAACUCGUGAGCGAAGCUCACGUCGGACAGAUCGUGUCCGUGUGAUGUAAAACUCGGAAGAGAGCGAGAGAGGAAUCCGGCGAGCCGAGUUUUUCGCACGGCCAUGUUCGACGAUCGUCGGAGCUGAUGAAUUAAGUGAGAAGGACCGAUAUCGCGCGCCUUGUUGUCUGAGCGGGGAUUACUCAGGCGAUCGAAAAAGUUGAGAAGAAUCCGGCAAUUGCAGGAGGAUCGAGAGCUACGCCGUGAGACAGACAGGGGAAUUGGCCGUGUCGGAGCGGAAACAUCCCGCCUCAUUAUUUGUCCUGGUCAUCGCAUUCGCUCGGACGGCGAUCGCGCUAAUAAGGUCUUUCGACGUCGCAUCGGACACCGCAACGUAAAUUAAUUUGCGGCAGCGGCAGUACAUAUUGGACUUUUGUUCCAAUGUGCAGCACUGGCCACUGAUCAUUUUGACGCACGUGUAAAGUUCAACAAUGUCUCUAUGUAGCAUGAACGGAAGGACCUGUUGAUGAAGUAUGGAGUGGUUUUUGCUUGCCAGUAUUUUUCUGCUCUCCUUAUGCGCGGCGGGAGCGCCGAUACCACAGGGCGGUGCUGGGGGCACGGGAUCCCACGGUCAGCCGCAGGCCGGCUCGUCGCCGAGCACCCCGGGCCCCGGCAGCGGUGGCUCUAUUGGUGGCGCUGCCGGAAGCGGCGGCGGCGGCGGCGCUACCGGUUUCGCCACCGGCGCCGCUGGUGCCGCUUCCUUUGGCUUGGGUGUGACCGGUGGUACUAUCGGCGGCGGGUCAACCGGCGGUGGAGCCGGCGGCGGUGCCGCUGCGUCUGGGACCGGCUGGUCCAAGGGACCCGCUCGUCGCGGUCGAGGGUGGCGCGAUUGGCGCCGCGGUGAUCCAACCCUCAUCAAGGGCCUGUGGAAAUCAAAGGGUCCUUUAGAUUCGCUAGGACAGGCGGAGAUCUACAUCAUCGUGGCCCUCCUGAUCGGCUUCAUCACCGUCGUCAUCGGAUGCUGGCUGUCCGACAACUGUUGGUCGCCCGAGCCGGAGGGGGUGGUCACCCUCGCAUAGCCAAAUGACGACUUCCGUGCCUCCAGGCGAUAACAACUACUACGACGCCCCUCCUACAGGAUUCUUCGGGACCUCGGCCGCUACUCGCACGAUCAUCGACGCGGUAACGCGCCCGGCAAUCAUCGGCCGUUGCUCGACAUCAAUGACAAUGACACGCUGUUGCGCGUAUGAGCGCCAGGACCCUCCUCGUCGAGAGGAGGCAUCGAUCGCGCGAGCCAACUCUCUCCUGCAAGUUCCUGCGAAAGAACGGACUUUCCUGCACAGUCGAUUCCUUAAUGCAUUCGAGUGGUAAAGGGAAAACGAAAUUGGGAGAAAGAUUUUGAAUAAGUUGAUUUGUAAUAUAAGCGAUUAGGAAUUACUACAAAAGUACGACGAGGCAAAAGCAAUUUUUAGUACAUCUAGAAAUUAAUCUCAAGUUUGUAUACCGACGAGCAUUUUUCUUCCUCAUUUUUGGACACAUUGCGCAAAAGUAUAUUGAAAUAGUGAUCUGUUUAAUACGUCCAAGGAUAAUGAACCAAAUAUAGAUACAAAGUUAAUUAAUAAAAGUUAAGGAUUGAUUUCUGAAUGCACUGGAAAAUAAUUUUGCACUGUCAGUCGCGUGACUUUUAUUUGUCUAUGUAUUAUAGUUUUACUGCAAUUGAUUCUUAAAAUCACCUCCACAAUUACCGAUACAGAUAAGUAAUUGAACAUUAAAUUAAUGCGAGAAGCUGUGUCGCAAUAUUUUUUUAGCUUAUUGAAUCGAAGUAGCAGGAUCUUUCAGUCUGACUCUGCAAUUGUACGUCAGUUGCUUUCGCAUGAUUAUAAUCGACGAGAAAAAUCUUGUUAAAUGCGAUUAAUCGGCUUGGAGUGUACUUUGAAUUCGAAACGCGAACAAUUUCAUUAGGGACGCUACGCGUCGUAUGUCGUUCGAUCGUUAAUUUAAUUAACGCCUAUUUAAGCGGGUAUUAAUUGUGCAUCUAGGGAGUUCGGAGUACUUGCUAUCAGUACUAGGGUCAUUGUCGCGUGUUAAUCAGUCCAAUGACAAGUUCCAAGACUUAGGGAUAAUUGAUUUCCCGUUCGCAAGCAAACACAGUACGCGGAAUUGAAGGAGAUCCGUCACGCAGUGCAUCGCGUUAGCGUAACUCGGAUCGAUGGUUGUACUUAAACGAUGAGAAAGAGACACAAAGCACCUUGAAUCUAUUUGCAAUGAAAUACACGAGUAAAAAAAAAAAUUAUGUCGACAGUAACACGAUGUUACUCGUCUAAUUGGAAUAAAUCUCGUUAAUUGAACAGCGAUAUUAAUUAAAGCAGGAGAACGUUAUGUUUAUUUAAAUCUUUAAUUUCUUUAAUGUGUUUGAUGACAUACAUAUAUUACGGCGUACAACUGGAAUGACUCUUGUUAACUUAACAAAGGAAUGUAUUUAUUAGGAUUGUUACUGUCGUUGAAUUAACAGGAUUUAUUCAUUGGGCGACUUUGGAUCGACAUUAAUUUUUUUUUCCGCACAAAAAUAUUAUUUAUGAACAAUGGAAUCGCCGUGUGCGAUCAGCCCACACUUUUUUUGCGCUCGGAGAAAUCUCGUUGCUGUUUAAAAUCCGAGAAACGGCUCUAAAAACGAGUCUUCGGUUUACGCGAGUAGCCCGCGACUUUCGUCUCGUCUCGAGUUGUUUUUACGUCCGGCAGAAUCGCGCUUCUCGAUUUUGAAGCGGGCUCGAAGACGGAGCCCGCGCCAACGAAAUGCGCGCGAACGGACGUGCGGA